AAUUUAAGCCAUUACCCAACUGACCAUUAUCUAUCUAUCAAAGAAUUUGCUGUUGUUGGCUGUGAUGAAACUUAAAAGUUAUCGGAAAUGUUUUUUGAAUUCAACGUAUAUUAAAAAAUUUUUACUGUAUAAUGGAUAAACCUGAAAUAACAACUUUGGCACUUGCAAGAAGUCUCAAUUGCAUUGAAACCAUAUUUGCGGAAAACAAGGCGUUAAGACGCGAGAAACAGUUCUUCGACUAUUUAAUGGUAUUAGAUUUUGAAGCAACUUGUUGGAACAAAACCGAUUAUGAUAAAGGACAAUCAGAAAUAAUUGAGUUCCCCUGUGUAUUGUAUGAUGUAGUGAAUGACAAAGUGAUCUCAGAGUUCCAACAGUAUGUUAUGCCAACCGAAAGACAAAAACUAAGUACUUUCUGUACAGAGUUGACUGGUAUACAACAAACACAAGUCGAUAAUGGCGUUCCUUUGAAAACAUGUCUCGUAUUAUUCCAUAGAUGGUUGAAUCAACAAAUUUUAAAGUACAACAUAUCCCUGAAAUUUCCCACAUCAUUUUGUAAAACUUGUGUAUUUGCAACAUGGUCUGAUUGGGAUUUGGGAAAUUGUCUUAAAAAUGAAUGUAGAAGAAAAGGCAUUAUCAGACAUGAUAUGUUCAAUAGAUGGAUUGAUGUUCGAAGUCUAUAUGUCGAACAUUACAAUGUGAAACCAAAGGGUCUUUUGGGGGCUUUAAACGAAGUUGGACUAACAUUUGAAGGAACUCAACAUUGUGGCUUACAUGAUGCUAGAAAUACUGCCAAGUUAAUAGGCAAAAUGGUGAAUGAUGGGGUAGGGUUAAGAAUAACAAAAGACAUAUCAAAUAAAUAAAUAUUUUGUUGAAUAAUAUUAAAUAUUUUCCAUAUUUGACUCUUUGAAUGUUUAGAAGUUUUCUACUUAUCUUAAAUUUUGUCUUUCCGGUGUACCUUAAGUUACUGUAAUUGAACUCUUUCUUCUGGAUAAUUUAAGUUACAGUCCACAAGGGGUAGGCAAAGAAUUGUAUAGGACCCGGAUUUUUGUAAAAUUGUCUUGUUCAAUGACGCCAUUGAUAAAAUUCUAAAUAAAGUUGUCCAUCAUAUCU